AACAAGCGGGCAUUGAUUGUCUGUUCUAGUAUCUUAACUUAUCUUGAUUUUCUUUUUAUCUUCUUGGACAUAUUUUAUAUUUACGACUGCAUCAUACGACCUUACCCUUCUACAUUUGCUUUUACAACAGCACAAUCAUACAGUUACUCUCAGUAAAAAUGGAACGCCCGGCCUUUCUCCUCCCAACGGCGACCUCCCAUCCCACAAAGCCAAACACCCGGAUCCCACCUAUCCUUGCCGCCGGCAAAGCGACUAGCUUAAGUCCCAACUCUACAACGGCGGCCGAACCCCCCUUCUCCCGCAUCGCAACCAUCUCCAGGCAAAAACUCUCCGCUGAGGCAGCCAGGGGCGACCCAGAUCUCCGUCGAUGUCUCGGCCACCACCGUCUCCUUGCGCGGUCUCUAUAUGAGGCCAAGCAGGGUAUGAAGCGGUAUCUCGAGGAGGUGCUGGAGAGUGAAAGCGAAGAUGAUGAGGAUAUCUAUGGGGAGUACGAGUUUGGAAAGGGAGAGGUCUUGCUCCAGGAGGAUGAGCUUGUUGACGAUGAAGACGAUGACGAUGACGAUGAACUCUACGAUGAUGACCUCGAGGAUGAGGAUGAUGAUGAAGAUAUUGAUGACGAAUGUCCGACAGUGGAAGAAGAGGAGGUUGUCGCUCCCCCUGCCUCUAUAACUGUAUCCCCCGAUCCCGCUGCAGAUUCAGCUCCAGCGCCAAAUCCAGAUACUAGUGUAAAGGAUCAGUUUUCGGCGCCGGUACCACAAUCAGUGCCAGCGUCGAUGGUGCCUUGUUCCAACUCCAGCACUGCCCCAGGCCCUGUCUGGGUGAAGGAGAAGAUCGUUGGUGCGGUGCGCGGGCUCGUCCGACGGCGAAACUCGACCUCUCUCUCUCCUUCCCCGGGGCCCUCCCCUUCAACACCUCCACCUACCGCGUCUCCUCCGGAGGCAGCCUCCAAGUCAGAGGCGCAGUCGGCUCUAGCUCACAUGGCCGCCAAUAACGCCAGCUGCAGCCAGAUCCCCGUCUAUAUCCACAUCCACGAGCAUUUGUCCAAGCCAGCCAGGAGACUCGAGAGGAGCCAGAGUCAGAGCCAGCUGCAGAGCAGAUCACAGGGCCACGGGAGAUUUAUCACAAUGCGUGGGCGGCAGUAUGCGCAGCGGUUGGGGUUGAAGGUUGCGGCGGCAGUGCCGGUCACGACUUGAUUACUCAUGGACAUGAACAUGGUAAUGGACUUUAUAAAGAGCAUGGCCUUAUCCCUGGAUUCAUGGCGUUGAACGGUAUGGAUUACUCUCGAUAUGAUGAUAGAAUCUUAUCAAUAGAUCAUUUUAUGAAUCAUUACAUACCUACGUACA